UUAUAUAGCGGUGACUCAGAGCGCAGCGCGCACUCGCUGCAUGAAUGAGCGCGCGGGAGACACCGAGCACAGCUGCAAGAGCACACAGAGCCGAUCAGAUGAGAUGUCGAUUUAGAUCACUAUCUUACGUUAAAAGUGUUACACUACUUUGAAGAAGGCGAUUAUCAGAAGUUUUGUGGUGAACGUCAUCUGGACACUAUGCACUGUCAAGCCGAGCUGAGAGUCGCGAGCAGCGCGCAGCUGAAAGCCGCCAGAAGACGAUACAAGACUUUCAUGAUCGACGAGAUCCUCUCCAAGGAAACUUGUGAUUACUUCGAGAAACUUUCUCUUUACUCGGUUUGCCCCUCUUUAAUCGUCAGACCCAAACCUCUGCAUUCAUGCUCGGCAGGCUCGUCUCCUCUGAGAUCGUACCCUCUCUUGUCUGUGAUCACACACCAGCCGCCCAGCAGCCUCCCGCAGGUCUCUCAGCCGUCUCCUCACCUGACCCUUCUGUCACCCCAGCACCCGCUCACCUCCGAGCCCACGGCCAGCGAGACGCCCGUCAGCAUCAGCAGCGAAUCAGAGACAGAGCACAGCACCCCGCGGCUGAAGAAACCCCGCCGCAGCCGCACCAUCUUCACCGAGCUGCAGCUGCUGGGCCUGGAGAAGAAGUUCCAGAAACAGAAAUAUCUCUCCACUCCAGACAGAUUGGACCUGGCUCAGACACUGGGACUCACACAGCUCCAGGUGAAGACAUGGUACCAGAACAGACGCAUGAAAUGGAAGAAAAUGGUGCUAAAAGGAGGACACGAGGCUCCUACCAAGCCCAAAGGCCGACCUAAGAAGAACUCCAUCCCAACCACAGAGGAGAUCGAGGCCCAGGAACGGCUGGCGGCCAAAAUAGUGGAGGAGGAGAGGCUACGAGCCGGAGCGGAAGAUGAGGUCUUCCAAUCCCAACCUCAAGAUCUCAGUACGUCCGCUACAUCCGAUUCCAUCUGUCCAGAAACCCUGGCGCAAGAACAGGCCCCUCCAUCUCCAUCAGAAGCAAUGACGACCAGCUAAACGCAGCCGUGCUGACGCACAACCAAAGACAGCUACUGAAAGACUUUGACGCUCUCUGGACUUGAGAAGUUGAAUGGCUUCCCAAGCCUGAUUUUGAGUUGACGGUGGCCUCCCAAAUGUGGUACUUGCAAAAAUGUGUGAAUGUCAUUGCAAAACAACAAAACAUCCAACCAAGUGGCUUGUAUAACCAAAACCGAUAGAAUAAGCACACUUCUCGAUGAAACUUUGUUUUGGUAUACAACUGGACACGUAUAAGUAUUCGGACGCAUUCUGGUUGUCAGACUGUGGAUCAUGUUCAUACCUAGCUAACAAAAAUACGUUCUAACAAUGUUUUAAUAAUGUUCCCAUUAAGUUAUGCAAACAUUAUUUCUCAAUGUUCUCUGAACGUUUUUUUUUUUUUUUUAUUAUUUUUUAACAUGUCCUUGAUUGAUUGAAUGUUAAGAGAACAAUACAUUUUAUCAUUCAGCAGACAUUUUGGGAAUUUUACUUUUGAAUGUUCUCUGAACAUUCUGAAAAAAGUAGUAACAUUUAAAAAAAAAAAUUAAAUAAAAUGUCAGACAAUGUCCAACUAAAACGUUUCAGAAAACAGUUCCAUGAACAACAUAUAGAUGUUAUGUUCUACCAUUUCAAGAGCAUUAUUAAUGGGAUAAUUCACCCAAAAAUGUUAACUUCUUUUUUCACUGACUCAUUAUCAUGUCGUUCCAAACCUGUAUGUGUUUCUCUCUUCUGCUGAACAAAGAAUAGCCUAUUUUAAAGAACUUUAAUAACCAUUGACUUUCAUAGUAUUAUUUCUCUUUCAUACUAUGGAGGUCAAUG